GACAUUAAAUAGUAUGCCGUCGAGAGCUCGCUCGCCCGGAUGACGCGACUCGAGAUGCUCACACGGGCUCGCUUCACUUGCCGAGUGACAUCUGCUGUAUCUACUACUACAUACUUGCCAGGAACCACGGUUGUGAUGGCAUCUUCUGCAGAAGCCGUCGACCAUCUGGUCGCCUUCAGAUACGGGCUCUGGAUACUCACCCGGUCGCAUUGGUCGUGGCUGGCCGCAGCUCUUGUUUUCCCUCUCUCCCUCUUCGCAUGGUUUACCAUCUCAUGGGCGACCUCUCCGUUGCGGAGGUACCCCGGUCCACUGCUUGCUGGAUACAGCAACUUGUGGCGCCUGGCUCAAGUCUUCAGUGGCCGCUAUCACUUGACCAUCAAAGAGCUGCACGACAAAUACGGCCCCGUCGUUCGCAUCGGGCCCAACACGCUGGAUCUCGACUACCCGGAACUGAUCAAGACCAUCUACGGCACCGAUGGUAGAUGGCGAAAGACUGAGUUUUAUCACAAUAAUUCCACCAUAGUCAAUGGCAAGACAACCUUCACCGUCUUCAGCAUGACCGACCAGGCCGAGCAUGCGCGCAUGAAGCGGCCCGUCGUCAAGUACUACAGCCUAAGCCAUGUGCUGGGCAUCGAGCCGCACAUGGACACCGUCAUCAGCGACCUGCUGGGUCACCUCGACAGGCGGUUCGCCAACACCAACAAGGAAUGUGAUCUCGGCGAGUGGAUCGCCUUCUCGCAACCCUUUCCAACACACUCGCUAAUUCCGAAUGUUCGGAAACCCCACCCCCCAAAAGUCGCCUGGGACUUUAUCAGCAGCGCCAGCUUCUCCCGACGCUACGGGUACAUGGAUGCAGGGCACGACUUCGACGGCACCAUCGCCGCUGCCGACAAGACGCUGAACUACUUCUCGGCCGUCAGCCAGAUCCCCUGGCUGGACUACCUGCUCGACAAGAACCCGGUUCUGCGCAUCGGCCCGCCCAACCUGGCCAACGCUACGCGGAUCGCCCUCGAAGCCCUCACCUCCCGCAUAGCGGCGACGACGCAGACGCAAGGAAGAGGCAAAGACAUGUCAGAGUGCGAGUCCGAGUCAAAGUCCGAGUCAGGGUCAAAGUCGGACUACCUGCAGCACUUCCUCGCCUGCAAGACGACCUACCCGGACCUGGUCGACGACAACGCCGUGCUGGGGUACCUGCUCAUCAACGUGCUCGCGGGCGCCGACACGACGGCCAUCACGCUGCGCGCCGUCCUGUACUUCACGCUCAAGCACCGCGAGACCGUGUACCGCCGACUGGCGGCCGAGGUGCGCGCUGCUGCUGCUGCCGCCGCCACGGCCCGGUUCGACUCGGCUCGGCCGGCGCCCUACGCCGCCGCGCGGCAGAUGCCGUAUCUGGAGGCGGUGGUGCGCGAGGCCAUGCGCUGCCACCCGGCCGUGGCCAUGCUGCUGGAGCGGUAUGUGCCCGAGGGCGGGCUGGCGCUGCCGGACGGGUCGUCGUGCGUCCCUGCCGGCACGGCCGUGGGCAUGAAUGCCUACGUCGUGCAGCGGAACAGGGCCGUGUGGGGCCCGGACGCGGACGACUUUCACCCGGAGCGGUGGUUGAGGGCUGAUGAUGGGGAGACCGAGGCGCAGUAUAGGGUCCGUCUGCAGAAGAUGAACGCGGCCGAUCUGACGUUUGGCGGCGGGUCGAGGGUCUGCAUCGGCAGGCACCUGGCCUUGGUCGAGGUGUACAAGCUUGUGGCGACGUUGCUGAAUCGCUACGACAUGGAGCUGGCGCACCCCGAGAGGGAGUGGACGGUGACGAACCGUUGGUUUGCGAGGCAGACCGGGCUGAUUGUGAAGCUGCGGCUGCGGGAGUGA